CGGCCUGACGCGCGCGCGCUCGGGCGUGUGUCCCCCCAGCGCCGCGCCUUCCCGAGCCCCGCGCCGGGCGCUGGCGCCGCCGCCGAGGCGGGCGGCCGCGAUGCCGGGAUGGGCCUGAUCUGGCUUCUGCUACUCAGCCUGCUGGAACCCGGCUGGCCCGCGGCGGGGCCCGGGACGAGGCUGCGGCGCGAUGCGGCCGGCCGAGGCGGCGUCUACGAGCACCUCGGCGGGGCGCCCAGGCGCCGCAAGCUCUACUGCGCCACCAAGUACCACCUCCAGCUGCACCCGAGCGGCCGCGUGAACGGCAGCCUGGAGAACAGCGCCUACAGCAUCCUGGAGAUUACUGCCGUGGAGGUGGGCAUAGUGGCCAUCAAAGGGCUCUUCUCGGGGCGGUACCUGGCCAUGAACAAGAGAGGACGGCUCUAUGCUUCGGAGCACUACAACGCAGAGUGUGAGUUUGUGGAGCGGAUCCAUGAGCUGGGCUACAACACGUACGCGUCCCGCCUGUACCGCACGGGGCCCAGUGGGCCGGGGGCUCGACGGCAGCCUGGUGCCCAGAGACCUUGGUACGUGUCUGUGAAUGGUAAGGGCCGGCCGCGCAGGGGCUUCAAAACCCGACGCACACAGAAGUCUUCCCUCUUCCUGCCCCGAGUGCUGGGCCACAAGGACCAUGAGAUGGUGAGGCUGCUGCAGAGCGCCCAGCCACGAGCCGCCAGUGAAGGCGGUCAGCCCAGGCAGCGGAGGCAGAAGAAGCAGAGCCCAGGGGACCAUGGCAGGAGGGAGCCCUUGUCUACUAGGGCCACUCCAGGCACCCGGCUGGAUACAGGUGGACUGGCUGUGGCCUGAAUGGCCAUCCUGAGACCCCUCCGAAACCAACCCCAGAAGGUACCCAGGAUCCACCCGAAGGCCUGGCUGCCACACCCUUGUCUCUGGGCUGGCUACUUUGGGGACCAAGAACUUGCUUGCCUUUGGUGGCUUUCAAAGAGCAAGUGUCAGCUGCAAAGGGGCUUGAGUCGAAGACCCUGGAAGACUCGAAGUUCAAGAUGUGUGUGGCGGUCACAUGAGAGGAAGUUCUCAUUGCAGGGGUAACCCAAACCCCAGGUGGGGCCCAGCCAGUGGCAGACAGUCCUGGCAGUCAGGGGAAAUGGACAGUGGGGGGAGCUAAGAUUCAAACAUUAAAUGUGUCAUUCUGUCUCGCUAUUUAACA